GGAGUCACAGGAAGUGGCCCCAGGGGCCAGAUAAGCCCAAGGAAAAGCAGGGUAGCUGGAAGGAUAGAGAAUAGGUGGUGCUUCCCCCCUCACACACGCCCCCAAACACACACUAAAGGAGCCAGAGAGAGGACGCAGGCCUGUUGGUGGCAGCAUCUUCAGGCCAAGAGGGGCUUCCAGAAGGUCCCAGGACAGAGCCGUACUCGCUAUGCUGCUCUGCGUCCCCCUGCUUCUCCUGAUGGGGCUGUCUGCAUGCACUGGGACAGCUGCCGAGGACCUGGCAGUGGGAGCUGAAGCAGGGUCCUGGAUAACCUUGACCCUGGAGGACGGUGGCAUCCCGGGCAUUCAGCUCCAGCUCCAGCUCCAGGAGGUGAAGAGGGGCAAAGCAAGCCAGUUCUUUGGGCUGAUGGGGAAGCGGGUGGGAGGGAUGACUCUGGAGAGAGGUGGUGAAGCUGGACAUCAGUGUCUAGAUGAGUGCACAGCCACCAGCCAAGCUCCAGUCGAUUCUGUUUGA